CCCGGGCAGAAGCUGAGCACCCUGCGCCCGCGGAGCCCCCGUUGGCCUGGGGGGGCUGAGGGACUGAGCCCCCCAGAGCAGGACCUCCCCCUGGAAGGGCCGCGCCGCAGCCCGUGGGAGGGCCUCGCCCCCGGCGCUCCCCAUCUCCACUCGCUGCUGUCCCGGCCUCCGCCGGAGGGAGGGGCCGAGCGCCCUCGGGGGGCCGUGGACCCCGGCGUUCUGAGCGUUCCGCGCCCCGCGCCGCCCGGCCCCCCCGCCGCCGAUGGCCGCCGACCCGCCGGGAGCUGCCGAGAAGGGAGAGAUGGCUCCCGGGACACGUGUGAGCCCUCGGCGUUGCUGACGCCCCCAAUGUCGUCGAGCAGCCGGGGGCCGGGGGCCGGAGCGCGCCGACGCCGAACCCGCUGCCGCCGCUGCCGGGCCUGUGUGCGAACUGAGUGCGGGGACUGCCACUUCUGCCGAGACAUGAAGAAGUUUGGGGGGCCCGGGCGCAUGAAGCAGUCGUGCCUGCUCCGGCAGUGCACUGCGCCCGUGCUCCCACACACAGCUGUAUGCCUCUUGUGUGGGGAGGCAGGGAAGGAGGAUACAGUGGAGGGAGAGGAAGAGAAAUUUGGUUUGAGCCUCAUGGAGUGUACAAUUUGCAACGAGAUCGUCCACCCUGGCUGCCUGAAGAUGGGAAAGGCUGAGGGUGUUAUCAAUUCCGAGAUUCCCAACUGCUGGGAGUGCCCCCGAUGUACCCAGGAAGGGCGGACAAGCAAGGAUGCAGGUGAGGGUGCAGGGCGCCGCAGGGCUGACAAUGGUGAGGAAGGCGCUAACCUAGGGGGUGGAUGGAAGCUGACAGAGGAGCCGCCACCGCCACCACCCCUGCCCAGAAGAAAGGGACCCUUACCUGCUGGCCCUCCCCCUGACGAUGUGCCUGGGCCCCCCAAACGGAAGGAGAGGGAGGCGGGGAAUGAGCCCCCCACCCCAAGGAAAAAGGUGAAAGGAGGCCGAGAGAGGCACCUGAAGAAGGUGGGUGGAGACGCCUGCCUCCUCCGAGCAGCGGACCCGGGCAGCCCCGGCCUUCUGCCCCCCAGGGUUCUGAAUCCGAGCCAGGCCUUCUCAUCCUGCCACCCUGGGCUCCCUCCCGAGAGCUGGGAGAAACCAAAGCCACCCAUGGCCUCUGCUGAGGGCCCAGCAGUGCCAUCGCCAUCACCACAGAGGGAGAAGUUGGAGCGUUUUAAGCGUAUGUGCCAGCUGCUGGAGCGGGUGCCUGAUACCUCCUCUUCCUCCUCGGACUCAGACUCGGACUCAGACUCAUCUGGCACUUCGCUUAGCGAGGAGGAAGCUCCUGGGGAGGCCCGCAAUGGGCGGCGGCCAGCCCGUGGCAGCUCUGGCGAGAAGGAGAACCGUGGGGGGCGGCGGGCUAUACGCCCUGGCAGUGGGGGACCACUGCUCAGCUGGCCUCUAGGUCCUGCCCCCCCACCACGGCCUCCACAGUUGGAGCGGCACGUGGUACGGCCCCCCCCUCGAAGCCCCGAGCCUGACACUCUGCCUUUGGCUGCUGGAUCCGACCACCCCCUGCCUCGGGCUGCCUGGCUUCGUGUCUUCCAGCACCUCGGACCCCGAGAGCUGUGUGUCUGCAUGCGAGUCUGCCGGACUUGGAGCCGCUGGUGCUAUGACAAGCGUCUGUGGCCGAGGAUGGACCUAAGCAGGAGGAAGUCACUGACCCCACCUAUGCUUAGCGGGGUUGUUCGCCGCCAGCCUCGUGCUCUGGACCUCAGCUGGACAGGUGUUUCCAAAAAGCAGCUCAUGUGGCUUCUGAACCGACUGCAAGGCCUGCAGGAGCUGGUGCUUUCCGGGUGCUCCUGGCUCUCCGUCUCUGCCCUGGGCUCAGCCCCACUGCCCGCACUGCGGCUCUUGGACCUCCGCUGGAUUGAAGAUGUCAAAGACUCCCAGCUUCGUGAGCUGCUGCUGCCUCCACCCGACACUAAACCAGGGCAAACAGAGAGCCGCGGUCGUCUGCAGGGGGUGGCCGAGCUCCGCCUGGCAGGCCUGGAGCUCACUGAUGCCUCUCUGAGGCUCCUGCUGCGCCAUGCUCCCCAGCUCAGUGCCCUGGACUUGAGUCACUGCGCCCAUGUCGGGGACCCAAGUGUGCACCUCCUCACGGCUCCCACUUCCCCUCUCCGAGAGACACUGGUGCACCUCAAUCUUGCUGGAUGCCACCGCCUCACGGACCACUGCCUUCCACUGUUCCGCCGCUGCCCACGUCUUCGCCGCCUGGACCUGCGCUCCUGCCGCCAGCUCUCACCUGAAGCUUGUGCCCGGUUGGCAGCUGCUGGGCCCCCUGGCCCCUUUCGCUGCCCAGAAGAGAAACUACUUCUCAAGGACAGCUAGUUGGGUGCUUGUGCUCCCUUCCCCCAGGACUCACCGAGAGCACCUGGACCGCUGGCCUUCACUUCACGCCCUGUUGGGAGGCCGGGUUACUUUUCUUGGUGACUUGGCACUCCUCCAAGUUCAAUGACUUGGGGUUCCUGCGGGCACUUGAGCCAGCCUUCCCCUCUCCCACCUGCACUGAUAUCUCUGGGGGUCUUCGCUUCCCAUCUCUCCCUUUCACCUGCUUCAUUGUCCGUCUCCUUGGGGGAGGUGCUGAGCCAAAGGGAUGGUGGGAGGGCGGGGACGGUGGAGUCUUGAGUGGAAGAACGAGGGGAUGGUGUCUUGCACAGGAUACUGGGAGCCAGGGGCUGGGGAGGUGAAGAAUGGGUGUGGGGGGGCAGAAAGCAGACCAACAAGGGUUCAGGGAACAAAGACCAGUUGGGUGGGAUGGGGGGCCAAAAAGGGAAACCAGAGGAGCAAUUGGGGAUCCAGGUAUCAUAUCAGAUGGGGGGCUCUAGAAGCCAGGGAACGCCAGGACUGGGGGCUGGGAGAGGAGCAGAUGGUGGGGUAGUACCCCUCGGUGGGGUUACCCCUCUCCUGUGUUUCCACCCAUCCAGAUUUCAGUUCUUUCCCGCACCCUGACUCCUUGAACGUCACUGAAAAUGGCAGCUAUUGCAAGGAGCGGUGGCCACGGGUCUGCCUGUUCAGCCCGUGGCCCAGGGGAGUGGUGAGGGGCAGCCCGGACCCCUGCCUGGCUCUCCAUCCACACAAUACUUGAACAUUCAUCUGUACUGAAGUGUUACUUGAACCGGGGGAACCUCGGACCUGGGGGAGUGUGAUGUGAGGGACCGGCUGACCAAUCCUGGGCUGGUGGGUGCCCAGUUUGGACUGUCCCACCCCCAGCUCAAUUGCUUUACUGUCUUGAACAGCUCCACUCCUCCGACCUGAGUUCAGGGUGGGGGAUGUCAGCUUAAAGAUGGGCAAGAUGGGACUUCUCCA